GCGCGCGUGGAGGAGCCGCGUCCCGGAGUCUCCCCGCCGAGGCGGCCGCGAGUCCCGGCGCCGUGUGCGCGUCCGCUCGCAGGAGCGCCCGCCCCUGCGAGCCCUGCAGCAUGUCGCUGAAGGCCUGGCAGUGGGAGGAGGAGGACCGGGCCAGCCUCGGGCCCAUCUCCUCCGUCAACAGCCUUUACCCGUCCCCGAGCGAGUGUCACAUGCAGGAGUGCCUCAAGGCCACGGUCGGGUCCCAGGCGUCCGACUCUGACUUUGAGAGCAGCAGCUUCGAGUCCUCGGAAGAGUCUGGUGGCACCUUGAACUCCGACAUGCCCCAGGUCGUGCCCUGCAAAUUUGUCAUCUCACUGGCCUUCCCCGUGAACAUGGGUCAUAAAGGCAAACGUACGAGUUUGUUUGAAAAAUAUAAGAAACACCCUAAGAUGGACAACACCAUCGCAAAGAUGCGGCACUUCUACCACCUGGAGUACUUCCUGCUGCCCGAUGACGAGGAGCCCAAAGAGGUUGACAUGGUGAUGUUUCCGACAGUGGCCAAGGUGUUCCUGGAGUCGGGGGUGAAGACCGUGAAGCCGUGGCGUGAAGGUGACAAGCUCUGGGUGUCAUGGGCCCAAGCUUUUACCAUCAGUAUGACGAAGGAAUUGCUAAAGAAAAUAAAUUUUCACAAAAUAACCCUGAGGCUCUGGGACACGAAGGACAAGCUUUCAAAAAAAGCCAGGUAUUACCGAUUGAAGACAACCACCCACGUGGAUGACAUAGGGUCUUCCGAGGAAGUGAGACGUCUGGUUGCAAAUCAGAGAGGAUUUUCUGCACGGGGCACUGCGGAGGCCAGCAUCGUCACAGAGGAGCAGAGUCACGAGCACCCACCAGCAAAUCACGAAAAAGCAAAAACACACUCAAAGCGCUUGCAAGGUUCUCACCAAACAGAGCCAGAAACUCCUUGCAAGAACACUGAGGAAUGUGAAAAGCCGCUCAAGACGUAUGAUCCUUCCACGGUCCGAUGGAGUGUGACAAGAACACAAGGUGUUUCUCUGGCCGGAGCCACCAUAAUGGAGAUUAAAGAGUUAACUGAGCAAGCGUCAUUCAGCCACCUAACAAACUUGCUGGACAGAAGAAAGUCUCAGGCUAAAGGGAAAGAUUCGGAGGGAAAGAAGAAGAUCCCGAAGCGGAGUAAGAAAUUCCGAGCGGAUCAGGACGUGACCCUGGCCCAGGCCGGGCCCUGGAAGCCGAGCGUCUUCUCGCUGCAGCUGGUGGUAACACCGCUACUGGCCGGAGAGCAGUCUGUCGUGAGUCGCGGCAGCGACAAGGCCGCCAACAUCUUAGAUUGCCUUUUGAUGCUGAAGACGGAUGUCCCCAUCAUGACCGAGGAGCAGAAGCAGGACUUAAACCCCCUGACCAUAAAGAUCAAGUGUGUGUCCUGCCUCCCGGCACAGCCUGUGCCCCUUCAUGAGCUCGAGAGGCUGUGCGUGCCCGUCUACUGCAAGUACAAGUUCCACAAGACGCCAGCGCACAAGACCGAGGGGCGGCCGCACGCCCCCCACGUUCGUUUCCAGGACAUCAACGUCAUCUUCCUGGGGACUAUGGCCCCGGGGGACCUGCGGGAGUACCUGGAGGGCCCGCCUAUGGCGGUGGAAGUCCACGACCGGGACCGCAGGCCCGAGGAAUGUGCCCGGAAGCCCACGCUCUUCGGGGACGAUCCCCUGGACUCGCAGCUCAACGGCCAGAGCCUCAUCCCUCCCAAGGACACGGAGACCAACCCCUUCGAAUCCCACGACACGCUCUGGGACCCUUACGGGGUGGCCCGGGUCAGCUUCGCCGACCUCCUCCUGGGCCACAAGUACUUGAACCUGGCCGUCCCCAUCCACGCCUGCGAGCCCCAGCCCGUGCCCGGCGGCGGCGGCGACAGGGGCCGGGGCGGCCGGAGCAGGAGGCUGGUGGCGGGGUUCCGGGUCCCCACGGACGGCGCCCAGCGCGGCCCGAUGCCCGCCGGCCGCUACGUGGAGGCCGAGUCCUUGCUGAAGCUCCGCGUGGACGUCGCGGUGCCGCUGAGCACCGGGGCCGCCGUCGCGGACCCGCAGCCCGGGGGGACCCGCUUCGGCCGCAUCGUGUUCGUGUUCGACGUCGCCAAGCUGGCCCUGGUGCACGGGCUGCUGCAGGACGUGACCGCCAUCAACUCCGAGGCCCUCGGCCUGGCGUCCUGCCCGGCCUGCGGCGUCCAGCAGGUGCCGUCGGCCUUCAGGAUGCGCGUGACGAUCCGGGACCGGCCCCAGCUGGACGCGGUCACCGGCUUCCACCUGCUGGACGGCCGGGUGCACGUCUUCGUCCUGGAAGGCCUGGCCGACCAGGGCCUGCGGCGGCUGUGGGACAGCCACCAAAGCCGGACCCCCGAGGCCGAGCGGGGCGGGUACAAGGUGCUCUACAACUCGCAGCUGCUGUUCCGCCACCGCCUCUACGCGGACCUGGAGACCGCCCUCUACCGCGUGCACCUGUUCCGGCCGGUGGCGCAGCUGGUGCGGCACACGGCGCUGUACCUGCGCAAGGCCAUGCCCAGGAGCGCCUUCCGGACGGUGGCCAGGAUCCACGAGAUCUGCCGCAACAGCAGGGACCUGAGGGAGGUGAUCGUGAGGGACCUCCUGCCCUCGUCCGCCAUGAUCAAGGACCUGAGCCAGGAGUUCGGGAUGCCCUUGUCGCAGGAGGAACUGGCGGACGAGAACCUGCUGGCCCUACCGCCGCAGCCGGCCCCCAACCUCGAGGACUUCCGCCGUCACAGCUCCGCCCUGACGCCGGAGAUCUCGGCCCACCGGGACAAGUACCUGCGGUGGCGCAGCGCCAUGAAGCUGAGGGACCGCGGCAAGGACAGUUUCAUCCAGAAGAACAUCAGAGAAGCCUACCAGCCCGGCGCGAAGCCCCCGAAGCCGGUGGCGAAGGUGAUUAAGGUCGCAGCCCCCGCCCGCCAGCCCGGCGCGAAGCCCCCGAAGCCGGUGGCGAAGGUGAUUAAGGUCGCAGCCCCCGCCCGCCAGCCCGUCUGCAACUACAGCGUUCAGGCCCUGAACGCCGCGGAGCUGGCCAAGAAGGAGCUGUACCGCGAGCUGGCCAAGGAGCCAAGAAAGAGGUUCACGUAUUCGCAGAAUUUCCUCUCGGCCACGGUGGAGCCGGUGGACGCGGAGGAGGAGGAGAGACAGGCCCAGAGGCUGUCGCGCCAGGCCUGGCUCACGGCCAGCGGCUUCCAAGUGACGGGACUCAGGAGUGGCAUCGGCGGCAGCCACCAGCCGGGGCUCCGGCUGCCGCUCCUCAAAGAGCCGGCUGAGGAGUGGACGGAAAACGCGCUGUUCGCCAACAAGCUGAGGCCCGUGCUGGACCGAGACAGGUGGGGCUGGGACCGACGUCACCUGGACUUCGAGCUGUACAAGAAGCCGCCGCCGUUCCUCGAGCUGCCCCCUCGGCCAGCGCCGAAGCCGGCGACAGGCAGGAAGACGAAGAGGAGCGUCCCUGUCACCUGAGCAGCGAGGACCCUCGAGGGACCCCCAGCAGCACCUCCUGCUCUGGCGCCCGCCCGGCCUCUCCCUUCUGCGACCACCCGCCCCCACCCCCCCCUUCAUUAAAGCGCAGCAGGACACGGGCCACCGUGCAGGGCAGGGCUCACCUCGUGUCGUGGUGGCCAAGCCGGACGCGGGCGGAGCGGCGUCACCCUGUCCAGGCUGGGGAGGACGUUGGCACCCGCUUCGUCACCAGCUGGGAACACAGGGGCUCAGGGUGAGGACCUGCCGCCUGGGAGGGUCCCUGUCCCGGGUGCAUCGUCACCCGCCCAAGUCUCCCCCUGUCCCCGGGAGAGUGGGGCUGAUGACACCCCUCCCUUCGGGUCCCAGGAGGCCGCCCGCGGCUGCCUCGGUUUCCCCCCGUGGUCUCUGCAGACUCGGGACGGGGUUGAGGCGAGACCGGGUCCCGGGAAGCUGAGACCAGAGGCCGAUGCUCGGCAUGCGACUGUCACCUCCCCCAGCAGCAGGUCCCGGACUUGGGCCCGAGGGAGGGCCACCGUCCCCGUCCCAGGGGGCUCUCCUCACCCGC